AUGGCUUCUUAUUCUUGUUCAACUUCCGUGCUUGUGCUUCUCUUGGCCAUUUUAUCUACUCUUCUAUGUUUCUCUGUGGCUUCCAAUUUCCAAGUUGGUGGCUCAAAUGGGUGGCUUGUCCCACCUUCCAAUGACACCAACAUCUACAAUGAUUGGGCUUCCCACAACAGGUUCCACGUUGGUGACACCAUAAGGUUUAAGUAUGAGAAGGACUCCGUGAUGGAGGUGGGUGAAGGAGAUUACAAGCUUUGCAAUGCAACACACCCCACAUUCUUCUCCAACAAUGGCAACACAGUGUUCAAGUUUGAGCACUCAGGGACUUUCUACUUCAUCAGUGGUGCAUCAGGGCACUGUAAGAAGGGACAGAAGAUGAUUGUGAGGGUGAUGGAAGAUGAGUCUCUUCCUCAGCAUGCCAAGUCUUCAGGGUACCAUGUUCAUGUUUCACCAAUUGUGGUCUCUCAAAUGCUCCUUCUUCAGUUUGUUUUGGCAUGUGUUGCUUCCUAUGUCAUUUGA